AUGAUUGUGAUGAGGGAUGAAGAACCGGAGGUGUUGGUGAAGAACCCUGGGGUUGGGCUGGGGGUAGCGGUGGAGGUUGCGGUGGAUUUGGUGAUAGAGGUGGAUGUGGAUGUGGAAGAGGGUUUUGGAUCGUUAACUUGUGAAGAAAGAAAGAGGAAGAGACAAUUCGCAUAA